AUGUAUGUCGUUGAAACCGAAGAAGAACGCAUUGCGAGGCUGAAGCUUCAGAGACGUCGCAAUGAAGAGGCCGAAAGAAAUGGGCGGCUCUAUAAUGACAAAACCAGGCUCAUUGGAAUUGACAAGGAAGCUCUGGACAUGCAGGUGGAAGAGAAGAAGAAACUAAAAGAGGCAGAGGAAGAGAAACAAAAAGCUCAAGAUGCUGAAUCGCUCCAUAAUAGCAAAGUAGUUCGCAUUCGCCAACAGAAAGAGGAGAAGAAUAAGCGUGCCAUGCAGAUGGACCUCGUCAACUACCGUCAGCAGCACCAGCAGCGUUGGAGCCAGCAGGAGUUUGGCCUGAACAACACAGACCACAGUAGAGAAACAGGAGUGAUGCCUCCUGGUUUUAUGGGUGAAGACCCAGAGAUUAAGAACAGAUUGCAGAGGCAGCAGGAGCAGUUGAGACGGUGGAGCAACCAGCAGCAGAGCGAGCAGGCGGAAGAGAGGCACCAGCAGACGCUAGAAAAGAUGCUUUGCGAUCAAAAGAGAUUAGCGAUGGACAACAGAGCUCUGCAGCUUCAGAGCCUGAACAUGGAGAGGAGAAGGGCAGAAGCCGUUGCCACUGAUGAGUUCAAUCUGGCCAAGUUUGAAGAGAAUCGCCGUCAGGAAUGUUAUGAGGAGGAAAACAGAGGUCUGGAUAUCACCCCCGCCCUGGGCAGGUGGGGAGUACCUGGUCUGUGUCCAGGCUCUGAUCUGAGAGGCCCUCCAGAGACACAGGAGCAGGUCCUCCAGUUCCAGAGAAAUCAAAUAGAGGAGAAAAAGAGGAUCGAAUUAGAGAACAAGCGAGAGGAGGAGCAACACGAUCGUGUUCGCGUGGCCUCUGCUCGCUCGGCUCUGCUAUUCGAGAGGAAGCAGGCGAAACUGAGCAGGCAAAUGAGUCGACAGGUGGAGAGCUCCAACAUGGAACUUGCCGAACUACAGAGACAAGAACCCGGACAUGGAAAGAGGAAGCGACCUGGAGAGCUUCUUCAAGUUCCAAACCUGCAGGAGAUGACGGACGAAGUGGAGGAGUCCCCGAGCCAAGAGUAG